UCUGUUCGUUUUCGCUGCACCUCCGAACUAGUGCAAUAAGUUGAAAAAACAUAUACUUGUCUCGCUUCAACUUUUGCACUAGUUUAGCGGUUCAGCAAAAACGAACAGACCUUAUAUCUAUGUGUUAAUGUAGUUGGCCCCUAAUUGUUAACUAGGACAGUUAUUUUAAUGAUGUUGUAUUAUUAAUAUCAUAAAUUGAACACCAAUUAACAAAAAAAUGGCAAUGCAGUACUUCAGAUUAUUUGUAAAUCCUCGCAUUGUGUCCAAAGGAUACAAUGUUAAAAGAAAUAUCGCUUCCCUUUCCAUGCUACCAGAAACACAUCAAAUGCUACACAAAACAUGCAGAGAUUUUGCCGAAGGAGAAUUGAAGCCUAUUGCAGCUGAAAUUGAUAAAAAACACCUGUAUCCAAAGGAACAAGUCAAGAAGAUGGGUGAACUAGGUCUCAUGAGUCUGUGCAUACCUGAAGCAUUAGGUGGCACAGGACUGGAUACUCUAGCUUAUGCUAUUGCCAUGGAAGAGAUAUCCAGAGGUUGUGCAACUGCUGGAGUUAUAAUGAGUGCGCACAACUCACUUUACUUGGGACCGGUGGACAAAUUUGGUAACAGCAAGCAAAAAGAAAAAUACAUUUCACCCUUCGUGAGCGGUGAAAAGGUCGGUUGCUUUGCUCUCAGCGAGCCAGGCAAUGGAUCUGACGCGGGAGCCGCAUCUACCAUGGCAAAAGCAAAUGGUGACACUUUUGUAAUUAACGGUACCAAGUCGUGGAUUACAAACGCGUUCGAAGCUGGAGCGAUAGUCCUCUUCGCGACGACUGACAAAUCUAAGAAGCAUAAAGGUAUAAGCGCCUUUAUAGUGAACAGUCCAACAACAGGUCUGGCCUUGGGCAAAAAGGAGGAUAAACUGGGCAUACGAGGCAGCAGCACUUGUUCCUUGAUAUUUGAGGAUUGUGAAGUGUCGAGAGAUAACAUCUUGGGUGAACCAGGAAUGGGAUUUAACAUUGCAAUGAUGACUCUAGACAGUGGCAGAAUAGGUAUCGCCGGGCAAGCUUUGGGCAUAGCACAGGCGUCUCUGGACUGCGCGAUGGAGUACGCAUCUAAACGUCAAGCCUUUGGCUUACCUAUCAUCAAGCUGGACAUGAUUAAACAAAAGAUCGCCGACAUGGCUCUGAGGCUGGAGAGCUCGAGGCUCUUAACGUGGAGGGCGGCUCAACUAAAGGACACCGAUAAAUCGUAUACGAAGGAAGCCGCAAUGGCCAAGCUGUCAGCGUCGGAAACCGCCACGUUCUGCGCUCAUCAGUGCAUACAGAUUCUGGGAGGAAUGGGAUACGUGUCGGACAUGCCGGCAGAACGUCACUACAGAGACGCACGGAUUACAGAGAUUUACGAGGGUACGUCGGAGAUACAGAGGCUCGUAAUCGCUGGAAAUCUUAUCAAAGAAUACGGCCUCAAUUGAGGUGGCACAACUCGUGUAAGAUAAUCAUUGGUAUCUGCUUUCAUUUUUUAGUGUCCCAGUAAAAUAUAUUUUUACGUAUAUGCAUCGUUUAUCUAGUUAAUAUUAUCUACUAUUGAUUGUGAAAUAUAUAUAUAUUUUUUUUUAAUAUAUCGUGUGUAUAUAUAUACAAAGAUAUAUUUUUAUAUAUCUUCAUAUCUUUAUACUAGAGAGAAGUCAAAAUAAAUCUCAUACAUGCUA